AAACCACCUUAUACAUAUGCAUCAUUGAUUGCUCAAGCUUUAACCGCUCAAGCUGAUGAAGAUGGAAAGAUGUUGGUGAAUGAGAUGUGUGAAUGGAUUGCAGGAGUUUAUCCGUUUUAUGGAAUUAAACCAAAAGGUACAGAUUGGCAGUCAGCUGUACGACAUAAUUUAAAUGCAGAUAAACGAUUUAAAAGGAUUGAAAGACAACCGACAGAUGGAGGUAAAGGGAAUUUUUGGACAUUGAAAGAAGAAGAAAGAGUGAAUUUUGAUGGACUUGAAUUAAGAAGACCUAAA